UAAUAAGAGAUACAGCUCUGAUCUCUCUUCCUUCUCUCCCUCGGAUCCUCAACCUGUUGUCCACCAUGACCCGACCCGUAUCCUUCGCCGGCUCCUUCCUCUUCUUCGCUUUGAUCUCCUUCUUCUUCCUUUCUCUCCAUGAUCGAGUUCUAGCAGCCUCCCACUUCGAAGGAUUCGAUGCUGAAGAUGACGAUGCCUUGGACGAGUCCUCCGAGCUUCUCCACUCGAGCCGUCCUCCUCCGGUGACUCAGUCCGAGUCACCAUAUCUGGAUCUGGAGCAACCCUCUUCCUCUGAAUCUGAAUCCAAUCCGAUUCCCAAGUCGGACACUCCGGCUCAGUCUGACUCCCGGAAACCCUCUUCUGUGUCGUUCGAGUAUUGGGAUGAAGACGAGUUCGAGGGUUUACCAGUGGAGGAACCGGCUAUUGAGACAGCGGAGACUCCGGUGAUUGACGAGAAAACUGCUCCUGCUGAUGCCAAGAACCCAGAUCCGGAAACUGCAUCGGAGGGUCAGGACAACGUUGUUCCAAGGAAGAAGUCUUCGUACACGGUUGAGAUAAUCUGCGUGUCGUUCUUAAUCGUUUUCGCGAUCAACUACUUCACCGGGAGACGAGAGAAUGAGAAUCUCGCUUUGGCUUGGGCGGCAAAAUUCGCUACCAAGGACACGAUAUUCGAGAAGAACUUCAGUUUGCUGGGCGUUGGUGAAGGAGAGGACUCGCCGUUGUUGCUAAAGGAAUGUCAAAACGUGUUCAAAUUCUACGCGAGUGGGCGUAGGUACUGCCAUGGAUUGUUGGCGACGAUGGAGCUCAGGAGCAGACACGAUCUGCUCUCAAGGCUGUUCAAUAUGGUAGUUCCUUGUAAAGACGAGAUCAGUUUCGAGGUUUACAUGAACGAGGAAGCCAUGGAUCACGUUGUGUUUGCGGUGGCGAAGAAGAAGGCUGCGAAAACUAUGCAGAAGGAGCUCACGGAUCUGCAGCGUUUCGCUGGAAUGUUGUCCCCUCCCGGUGGAAGAAAGUGGGUUGCAGAGGAAUUAGCUGUUGUGUCUGAAUCCAAGGAGGUUGCUGGAGAUUUGAUCACAGAAGCUGUUCUUGAUCAGGUUUUCGGCGACAAGGCUUUCGAGAAGUUCGGGAAGUACUUCAUCUCGAUGCAUUUCUCUGACCAACACUCUGGCAAACACCGGAAAAUGCUGCUUUUCAAGUUUGCCCUUCCCGAUGCCAAAAAUAUGGAUGAUAUGGUACGGUUGGUGGCUCUGAUUCCGUAUUACAUCGACUUUGUUGGGCGCUACCGGCUUAGCUCUCAGGCGCGGAACAAAACCGAGGCUGCUAGGCAAAAGGCGGCUCAGGAAGCGUACAAGGAGCUUGAAAACGUUAGGCAAGAAGCAUUGCAGAAGAAGAAAGCAGAAAGGAAGAAAAUGAUGGAGGAGGCCGAGGCAAAGCUUAGUGCGGAGGCCCUACGGAAGAAAGAGGCAAAAGAACGUGCUCGCCAGAUGAAAAAGGGGAUGCCAAAAAUGAAGAUGACCCGUGGUCACUAGAACAUGACGAAACCCUAGACUUCCCCUUAUUCAAGCAGCUUAGAAAAUAUAUAUCGACGCCAUAAAUUCUUCUGCUGGCAGCUACAUCAUUAAGUUCAGCAAUGUCAGCGAACCGAAAUUCGUCAAGCACAGGCGCCUCUUGGUGAGCGGUUUUAGUUUGCCAUUCGUACGGCUCACCCUCGUGAAAUCGGAUCUAUCGCCUUUUUUCCCCUCUUUUUCAUGAAUCUUUUACUCGUAGUUGGUUCCUCUUUCAUUUCAAUCACUCAUAAGGACGGCACUGGAAGUGUACUUGCCAUACGCUGAGACCUCUUUGGAAAAUAUAACCCUAGUUUUGAUGUUAUCA